AUCCCUCCCCAGGGCUUCAAAUGCUCGUGUAUUUUGCUCUCAGACUCCCCCCUCAGCGCCAGUGUGAGCCGUUUUAAGUACCGGAGAAAGAAGCGGAGAGGAGCUCGUCUGACCUCCUACUACUGGGCGUAAGUCGCUCCUCUGUGCCAUCAAACCUCUCUCGCCAGUUCACUCAUUCCCUCACUCUCGGAACGAGAGGGGAACGUCUCUGUUACAGAAACUAAGAGGGAGUCAUCGGGUAAAAGGCGAAGACUUUGGAGUUCUUGAAUUGGAGAUGUUUCGGUGAUGCCUUUUUUUCUAUAAAGUCCAGUAAAAGAACGGUAAUUACGCUUGUUUGGAUCCACAUGACGCUUUCUGAACUACGGAUGAAAAAAUCUAAAUCGAUCUAUUUGUCGAGCACAGAGUGAUUGUUUAUGGUCAAGACUUAACCCAUGUUGGUUAUAGGUAGAGGAUAUCUUGGGUUUCGUCAGUUUGCGUCAUGACUUCCAGCUAUGCUCAUGUAAUGGACAGACAAGCCACGCUACCUAACCGACUGGAGAGUCCGAUCACCGCAAAUCAGGAUCAUUUACAGGCGAAGAAGAACUUUUCAGUGAGCCACCUGUUGGAUCUGGAGGAGGCGCGGGAGAUGGUGGGAGCUCAAGCGGAGGAGGGCGCAGGAGAGGCGGGCAGGAGUAUGCUGGAGUCUCCGGGGCUGACCAGCGGCAGCGACACCACACAGCAGGAGAAUGAGCAACUCAACUCAGAGGAAAAGAAAAAGCGUAAACAGAGGCGGAAUAGGACCACGUUCAACAGCAGUCAACUGCAGGCCUUAGAGAGAGUGUUUGAGAGGACGCACUACCCCGACGCUUUUGUCAGGGAGGACUUAGCACGCCGGGUCAACCUUACUGAAGCUCGAGUGCAGGUGUGGUUUCAAAAUCGGCGGGCUAAGUUUCGGCGAAAUGAACGUGCAAUGCUGGCCAGUAAAAACGCCUCAUUGCUCAAGUCUUUCUCAGGAGAAGUAACAGCCGUAGAGCAGCCCAUUGUCCCACGACCCGCUCCCAGACCCAAUGACUACCUGUCCUGGGGCAGCUCACCAUCAUACAGCGCCAUGGCAUCUUAUUCUCCAUCAUGUGCUACCAACAACACAGCCCAGGGCAUGAAUAUGGCCAGCAGUAUCGCCAACCUGAGACUGAAGGCCAAAGAAUACAGCCUGAACCAGGUACCCACCGUCAACUGAAGCGGACAGCAGGGCUGUCAGAGACUCAUGUCAGAGAACAAUCCCGAUGUCCCGACAAAACUAUUGACAUAACUGUUGUUUUCUGUCCUCUUAUAUGUGUUUUACUCUUAUCCAUCGAGAAAAAGCAGCAAAGGAGAAUUUCUUCAAGGUACAGAGCUUUCCUAAACCAAUGAUUUACAUAAGGCUGUCAUGUUCUUGGCAUGUGGGAAAAUUCAGUUUUGGAAAGCACAAAAUGGAAACUUUCUCUGUUCACACUCACUGUGGCAGCAGAGUGUGGUCAUCCCGUUUGAAGACCGUGGCUUUCUAUAGAUUGCUUUCUCGAGACCGUUGCUGACCACAGGGAUUCGAUGACCUCUGUGGAAUCCAUAUACUACAAUCUUGUGGACAUCUGGGAAGUUUUUAGGAUUUCCCCUUGAUUUCUCCUUGGAACUCAUAAAUAUGCACUGAGGCCACAAAUUGGGAUUUGGAUAUUUUGAUUAUUUGGAACCGGGUGAAAUUUGGCUCCAUUGUUACCGUACUCUAAAAUCACUCCUUACUGUUUUCAGUUUAAAACAUGCCGGGGUUAUUUGUUCAUUUUGGCAUAUACAGAACUCUAGCCAUAUAUGUAAGCAAUGAAUUUGGAGCCUAGUUGAUUUUAUCCUUUUAUAUUGUCUAAAUAUAUCUAAACAUGUAAUAUUUCUUUGCAAUAAAGAUGUCCAAGCAGUGUAACAGCAUUGCGUUUCAGG